CAGCUGCAGAAGAGCUGAGAUACAAACCAGAUUGUGGAGGUUGAUGUAUGACAAGGGAAAAGAGGCCUUUGCUUAUGGACUAAAUUCAUAGCUGCUAAGUGAGGAGAAUCCUUGGGGCAACAUGGAUGAUGACUUUGACCGCCGCAUGGAGCUAAGAAGGCAGAGGAGAGAGCAGAUGCGUCAGGAAGCAGAAAAGGGGGUUUACACUAAUGAUGACGAUGAGGAGGAGGCUCGGGAGCGAAGGAGACGUGCGAGAGAAGAAAGAAAGAAAAUGAGAGACUUGGAGGAGUCCGGAACGACGGAUGUGAUCAGUAAUAACAACGUGACAGAGAGCGAAUCCUCUACGACUGUUGGUGAGGAAGCAGAGGAUGACGAGGGUUUGCAGGAGCGCCUGGCCAAGAGGGAGGAGCGCAGGCAGCAGAGGAUGAAGGAGGCUUUGGAGAGGCAGAAGGAACUCGACCCCACAAUCAUCUCCACCAAUGGAACAGACGGGAGCCUGCAGGAGCAACCCUCCAUUACUGAUGACAACAAGCAGACGGAAGAGGAAGAGAAGCCUGUUGAGGAAAGAGUCAUCGAUACUGAAACUAACUCCUGGAGGAAGGAGGAAGAAGAAAACAAGGAGGAUGAGAAGGUAAUGUGA